AUGCAAGAAUUCGACCCUACAUCCAUCUUCAUAGCGACAUUUCCUCAUAUGGCGGAACAGGGUGACCGCACAGAGAAGGAAUUUGAAUGGCACAGUGUUGGAUGCGGUGAUUCUUUGAAUUGUAAAGUGCAAAACGCAUCUCAUCAAGCCAUCGUUACCUACAUCAAUGGCCAGCAGGAUAUUCGGAUACCACAUCUCCAGGUCUUGAAAGAAAUGGAGCCUGUUGGCAUGUCGCAGUGGAUGAACAUGGAAUCCCUCAACGAAUGA